CUAGUGGUUAAGAUCAGAGCCGAAUCGCAAGUUCAAUCAACAGAGUGCAUCUUUCUGCACAAGUUAGUUUUGAUACGUGAUAUUCGGAAUCGGCUCGGCGUAAUUUGGAGCUUUUCGCGUCUCAUCAGGAUCGGGUAUGCCUUGCAAUAAGAACAGAGCUUGCUUUUAUUCCGCGAUUAGGUAGACCAUCUCUUAUUUCUGAAGAGUCAUUUAGAAUGCUGAUAUCAGAAGUCACCUAAGUCCUUUUAGCAUUUUGCAGCAGGAUGGAUGUUGCCCAUUCCAUUUUGCCCCCUGUGGUAUCAACACUAGGAGGACUUGUUUUUGGGUAUGAAUUGGGAAUAAUCUCUGGAGCACUCCUUCAGCUGCAGGUGGAGUUCAAGCUUGCCUGUUUCCAACAGGAAUUUGUUGUGAGCGCUCUCCUGCUUGGUGCCCUCUUGGCAUCUCUAGUGGGUGGAAUCCUCAUUGAUAGUUAUGGCAGGAGAAAGGCAGUAUUGUUUAGCAACCUGCUUAUACUUGGGGGAAGUCUGAUGCUUUCCCUUUCUGGAUCUCUCAUUCCCUUGGUGUUCGGUCGGAUUACUGUGGGCUUCGCCAUAUCCAUUUCCUCCAUAUCCUGCUGCAUUUUCAUUUCAGAGAUGGUUGCUCCCCAUCGCCGAGGGAUGCUUGUGUCUCUUUAUGAAGCUGGGAUUACUGUUGGCAUCUUGGUUGCUUAUUCUAUGAACUACUGUUUUUCUGACUUCACAAGAGGUUGGAGGUAUAUGUUUGGACUCGCCAUCAUCCCAUCUGUGAUUCAAUUAAUUUGCAUCUUAUUGCUGCCAUCUUCACCAACAGGUUCUAAAAAAGUUGAUCUAGAGAGACCAAUCCAGUCUGGGCUGGUGGAGUUAAACAGAAUGGAUGAGCAGGAGAAUGGAAAUGCUGUCCAGCACUACAGUUUCCUCUAUCUCUUUCAGAAGAAAGAUAACAUGAGAACCAGGAUGCUGAUUGGUUUAGGGUUGGUGCUUUUUCAGCAGUUCACUGGUCAGCCAAAUGUUCUGUUCUAUGCUUCAACCAUUUUCCACUCUGUUGGUUUUCACAGUGAUGCCUCAGCAGUUCUGGCUUCUGUGGGACUCGGUGUAGUUAAAGUCUUUGCCACCCUGGUUGCUAUGAGUUGUGCUGACCGAGUUGGAAGAAGGGUACUACUCCUGUUGGGCUGCACUGUGAUGUCACUAUCUCUAAUUUUCAUUGGAAUUUUGAGCCACAGUGCUUCACUUCAACAGAACAGAACCAAGUGCACCCAGUUUGGAAACAUGUCUGUGAAUGAAACAUCUCACUUAUUUCCAAGCACAAACCAAACAUUGGCUUUAAGUAGCAGUCUACAUCUUGAAAUGCAUCAGAAUAUCAGUAUUUCUGCAGUGUCUAAUGCAUCUGUUUUUGAUUUGUCACUGACAACUUCUGAGUCACAAUCUGCCUCUCAAAUAAUGCCAGUAAAGCCACUGACAUUAAAGCCUCAGAUGUUUUCACAAACCAUUGAACACAAUAUCUUCAACUGGCUUGUGCUGAUCAGCUUGAUGGCAUUUGUAAGUGCCUUCUCAAUCAGCUUUGGACCAAUGACAUGGUUAGUGCUGAGCGAGAUAUUCCCUGCAGCAGUAAGAGGACGUGCAUUUGCCUUUGCCAACUGCUUCAACUGGGCAGCAAAUCUUAUUGUUACCUUAACAUUCCUGGAUGUGGUUGGCUAUGUAGGGCUGUCUUGGAUUUUCCUGCUCUAUGGAUUGAUCGGCUUAGUGGCAGUUUUAUUUAUUUACUUCCUUCUUCCAGAAACUAAGGAAAAAUCACUUGAAGAGAUAGACAUGGAGCUUUCAAGAAAAAAGCUGUAUGGAGGAGAAAGCUUUUUAAGACUUCUGAGCAGAAAUAAAGUGUCUACAGAGGGUUAUGAAAGAGUACAGCUAUCGAGUGCCUUGGACAAUGAAUGAAGUGAAGAAAGCAUCAAUAAACACAGUGACACAGAUUUGUCCAUUAUAUGGAAGGUAUAAUUUAAAUGCAAAUGCUGCAACAAAAAUUUGACAGAAUGGUUCAGCUUUUUGGAUUCCUUUUCUAGGUAUAUAUUUUUAUUAUAUAUAUGAUUUUCAUUUUUUCUGAAUAAAUAAAAAGUACAAUUUUCUUUA